CCAGCGGAUGGCUGCGCUUGCGAAAGAUCGAGGAACAAAUUUGACACUGCUCCUCUGUUUUCUUGUACAUGUCUGACGUGGAAAUUGCAGCGAAAUCGUCUUGAAUUAACUGCUUUUUUACGGUAACUGCUGCAGAAUUAUGCUGUAAAAAGUGCUAUCUGGUGAAAAGAGUAUUCAAAGAUAGAGGAAAUUGUAGAAAAAGUUAAAUUAGUUGCUAACAAUGAAUCCGCAGUUGACACCAUACGGCCAGCCGCCUCAAGGCUGGCCACAACCGGGAGUAGGGCAAAUGCCUCCACCGCCAGUCAACGGAGCUCCACAGAAUUUGCCCAACCAAUUCCAAAAUAUGUCGAUCGGAGGUCCACCGAAACCCAACGUAAAUGGACCACCUUUCCCCCAAUCAACCAAUGGUUGGGCGCCCGCCAUCUGCCGCUGCUCCAGUUCCGGGACCAUUUCCAACCGGUCCCCAAUCUCAUCCUCCAUUGCAAAACGGUCCUUCAGCAGGGCCUCCAGUUAGGCCGCCGAUGCAGAAUUUCGGUUUGCCUAACGGGCAUCAACAGCCCUCGCCUAGCCAACCGGGAAUGCCUCCGAUGGGGCCUGGUGCCGUACCACCUCAACAACAGGCCACCAUACCACCUGCAGGUCCUCCGAGACCUGGCAGCCGAUGAUGCCCCCUAUGGGCCAGACAAUGCCUCCGAUGCCCGGAAUGCCGCCUAACGCUUAUCCACCGCAACAAGCUCAACAAUAUCAACAGCAACCUCCACAGCCGCCACAGCAGGCACCUAUCUCCCAAUAUCCUCCGCAACCCGGUCAACAACAGCCGCAGCAAUACCCUGGCCAACCAGGAUAUCCCGCAACCGGUGGAAUGCCCCCCAUGGCUCCAAAUGUGGCCGCACCCAACCAGUAUCCUCCGGUGGGCCCUCCAGGAAUGCCACCCACAAUGAACACUGGGAUGCCACCGAUGCCGAACACCGCCGCUGGGCCAAAUGUACCGGGAUAUCCGCCACAACCUGGUCAAAUGCCGCAAAUGCCCGGUGGACCGCAUAUGCCGCCGCCGCAUUCCGCGUGGUUAUAACCAACCACCGGCGCCGCAAGGCUUCCAGCAAAUGCCUGGCCAACAGUAUCAACCCCCUGCACCUGGCGGGACACCCCAUUAUCCGACGGGUGGUAUGGCUCCACCACCCCAGCAGAAGCGUCUCGAUCCAGAUAGCAUGCCAAACCCUAUUCAGGUUAUGAGCGAGAAUCAACGCUCCAACGGGGGUGUGUUUGCGACCAACCAAGCCGGAUUGGUUCCGCCGUUGGUGACCACCAAGUUUGUUACCCAGGAUCAGGGAAAUUCCGGUCCGCGCUUCAUUCGUUCAUCGAUGUACAGCGUCCCGGCCAAUACCGAUAUGAUGAAACAGAGUGCAGUUCCAUUCUCUCUAAUUGUAUCCCCAUUUGCUCGAACUGCUGAGAACGAACUCGCUCCACCGAUCGUAAACUUUGGAGAACUGGGCCCAAUCCGGUGCAUUCGUUGCAAAGCAUACAUGUGUCCUUUUAUGCAGUUCAUCGAUGGUGGACGUCGUUUCCAGUGCUUGUUCUGUAAGGCAACCACUGACGUUCCAGCGGAGUACUUCCAACAUCUGGACCACACCGGCCAACGUAUGGACAAAUACGAACGUCCGGAGUUGGUCCUUGGUACGUACGAAUUUGUCGCUACCAAGGAUUACUGUAGGAACAAUACUCCUCCGAAACCGCCGGCAAUGGUAUUUGUAAUAGAUGUUUCCUACAACAACGUCAAGUCUGGAUUAGUCCAGUUGCUCUGCUCCGAAAUGAAAAACAUCAUUCGCAACUUGCCCGUCGAUGAAGGUCAGGAGAAAACCGCUAUGAAAGUGGGAUUCAUUACCUAUAACAAUUCGGUUCAUUUUUACAAUAUCAAGAGCUCCUUGGCUCAACCGCAGAUGAUGGUCGUCGGAGAUGUUCAGGAAAUGUUCAUGCCUCUACUCGAUGGCUUUUUGGUCGAUCCGGAAGAAUCCAGCGCGGUCAUCGAUUCCCUGAUGGAUCAAAUCCCGAAGAUGUUCGGCGAGACCCGCGAAACGGAGACUAUCCUGCUGCCGGCUCUCCAAGCCGGUCUGGAAGCAUUGAAGGCUUCCGAGUGUGCCGGAAAGUUGUACGUGUUCCACUCGUCUCUGCCGACCUCGGAGGCACCCGGUAAACUCAAGUCGCGCGACGAUCGCAAACUGCUGGGAACGGACAAGGAGAAGACGGUUUUGACUCCUCAGUCGACCGUGUACAAUAUGCUUGGCCAGGAAUGUGUGGGAUCGGGUGUGUCGGUAGAUCUUUUUAUUUUCAACAAUUCAUACAUUGAUCUGGCCACGAUCGGCCAGGUAGCUCGCUUGACCGGUGGAGAGAUUUAUAAAUACACGUACUUCCAGGCUGAUAUUGAUGGCCAUCGGCUGGUGAAUGAUUUGAUUAAAAACAUUUCGAGGCCGAUCGCAUUUGAUACCGUGAUGCGCGUACGCACUUCCACUGGUAUCAGGCCAACUGAUUUCUUUGGACACUUCUUCAUGUCUAAUACCACGGAUAUGGAAAUCGCCAGUAUUGAUUGUGACAAAGCAGUUGCCAUCGAGGUAAAGCAUGACGACAAGUUGUCCGACGAAAACGUUUUCAUACAGGUGGCACUGCUGUACACAUCUUGCUCCGGACAACGUCGUUUGCGUAUUCUGAAUCUUAGCCUCAAGACGUGCACUCAGCUGGCAGAUCUGUUCCGUAGCUGCGAUUUGGAUACAACGAUUCUGUUCUUCGCCAAGCAAGGCCUGUUCAAGCUUCUGGAGAACAAUCCGAAAGCAAUCAAGGAUUCGUUGAUCAACCGGGCAGCGCAGAUAUUGGCGUGCUACCGUAAAAACUGUGCAUCGCCGACGUCGGCCGGUCAGUUGAUAUUGCCGGAGUGCAUGAAACUACUGCCACUGUACAUUUCAUGCCUGCUGAAGAACGAUGCCUUCUCUGGAGGUUCAGAUCUGACCUUAGAUGACCGAUCGUACUCGAUCUAUUUCGUGAUGAGCAUGGAUCUGCCAACGUCGGUGCAGUUCUUCUAUCCACGCUUGAUGCCGAUACACGAUGUUCAGGUGGAUGACACGGACGUUCCGGCCGCCAUUCGAUGCACAGCGGACAAAAUGAUGGAGGAUGGUGCUUACAUCUUGGAGAACGGUGUUCACAUGUUCAUGUGGCUGGGUUUGGGCCUGAGCCCAGAGUUCACACAGUCGGUGUUCGGGGCGCAGUGUACGCAGCAGAUCGACACAGAUCGUACGGGUUUACCAGUAUUCGACAAUCCACUUUCCAAGCGGGUGCGUGGAAUUGUCGACAGCAUACAACACGAAAAACAUCGAUGCAUGCGGCUCACAUUGGUACGACAGCGUGACAAGAUGGAAAAUGUACUGCGUCACUUCCUGGUAGAGGAUCGCGGUAUUACGGACGGUUCGGCCAGUUAUGUAGACUUCCUCUGUCACAUGCACAAAGAGAUUCGAACGCUACUGAGCUAGCUGGAUUGCAAUGGGAACAGUUUCAGUAGUCGCUUUAGAUUCACUAACAACAACAGCAACAACCACAGUAAUCACACUACACCGUCAACGAUCAGCAACCAGUAUAUCAACAAUAGUUCGCAAUUUCAACGCCAGGUGCAGCAGCAUAGCAGUGAGAUUAAUGGAAACAUCCAGCCCGCGCAAUAUGGGCAAUGUCCGCACCGGCCGCCAAGUGACGAUGGUGAUGAUUACGAGAACGAUACCAUCGAGGAAGAAGAUGAGGAAGAAGCGGAAGAGAGCGGCCCGGUUCCUACGAGGCCUCAGCAUCAACAAUAUUACCAUCAGCACCAGAACACGAUGGCCUCGCCCGGCAGAAGCAUCUCACAAAAUCGUACCAGAGCAUUGCGAUACCGUAAAGCAUUCAUGGGAAAGUGGUAAUAGUUUUAGAUGUUUUUCUUAUACAAUUAUUAUUUUAAACAUAUUACGAUUAUUUUUCCAAUUUAGUAGAUACUAUCCAUAUAUUGAAUGAUGAAAAACAUGUGAAAACUUCAAAACUAGCCGGGUGUUUUGCUUAGAUGUUUUACAGUGAACGUAAAGUGAAUCAAUUAACUUAAACAUAUAAACAUAACUACCUUACUUGUUGACUACAGGUAAAACACGUCUACGAACAAGAACUACUAUUAUACAAAACAAAAGUUGCAACUAUUGAAUGCGAACAGAGAAAUUGUGAAUUUCACUUGUGUUAGUGUAAUGGGUUUAGGAAAGAAUUAAAUGACAUAAGCGGAGAAUGCAGAUAAAAACAACGCGAAGAGAGACCUUUAUUAAUAUAUUUGAGUAAACGUGAAUAAACAAUAUACCCUCAAUCGGAUUACACACAAAAUAGCAAAAAAUAUACGGAAAUAUUAUUAUCAUUGCAAA